AUGGUAUGUGGAACGGGCCCAGCACCGAAUCAGGCCGACACUGUCGCAUUCUGGCGCGGACUGUGGUCAGAGCCCGUAAACCACAGCGAGGACCUUUGGACGAAAGUUGUGGCGAGUCACUGUGCGAGUAUUACGCCCAUGGAACCCAUCAUCACAACACCGGAUGACGUAGCUGAGGCGGUCCGUAGAGCCCCGAACUGGAAAAGUCCGGGAUUCGACGGGCUGUAUCACUACUGGCUGAAGGGGUUCAUGGUGUGUCACGCUGUGCUCGCCCGUAACUUUCAAGAGGCUUUCAACCAGAAGUCGCUCCCUAGCCUCUUCACUACUGGGAUCACUCAUUUGGUUCCUAAAGAGCAGAAUAUUAAUUGUAGAUUUUGCGGAAACUCAACAAGUUUCAAAAUGCAAGUCAUUACAAGUAAAUUUCCAUAUCUCAACAGCCUAGCAAUGUGUUUUGUUAUCGGAUAUUUGCAUUUGUUAUCGACUACAGUGAAUAUUUCAUGCCAUUUUCUCCUUGUAUCAAUCGUUUCUGGUGGUUUCCAGUGUGACGUUGAUGCGAACAGUCUACGUGCAGUUGAAGGGCAGUGGUUAGAUCCCAUUUUACUCUUUCUAAACUUAGGAACACACGGAUUUUACCCCUUCCCGAUUAUCAUAACGCGUAUUAUCAAAUAUAUACCAAAGUCGAAUCAACCGAAUUGCUAUCCUGGAAUUCUACAUAUAUAUUUAAAUGAUGUACUUCAUUUCUUAAUCAACGUGAUAUGGUUAAGGCUGGUGAUUUCUUUUAUUUCCGCUGUACAUAAGAGAGAUCCGGAACGAAUGCGAAUGUUGUACGGUUUAUCUUUAGUUAAACUGGCCGCACAAGUCAUAUACCUUGUCUUCAAACCCGACACUCUUAUCACUAGCGAGGAAUUUUUGUUGUGCGUUAUAGAUAUAUGCAUCGCCGCACUCUUUGUAAGAAUAAUGAGUAUCUGUAUAACGCGCUUAAGAGCAGAAAAAUUACAGCCAAUUAAUGAUCAGCCGCCAUCUUACGUCGAAUGUAUCACUACGAGCCCUACUCCGAAUCAAUCUCAAAAUUUAAAGAAGGAAUCGGAAAAUGUGCUACCAAUAGAAGAUAACAAUAACCAGUCACCGACAGUUCUACCAAUUUAA